AUGAGUGGCGCUGAGCGCCUAAUAGAUUUCCGCGAACUAGUGCCCAUGGAAUACAACAAAACCAUGGAACUGGUGAGGGUGUGUGCAAUAGAAGUACUCUGUAAAAACGUAUCAAAAGUAAUAGAAUUGACUAGUCAUAUAAGGAAUCAACAAUUGCGAGAUUUUAUGCAUAUAAAAUUAUGCAAAAGACUUUCUGAUACUACGAUAGCUGUUGUAUACGGUACAACUACUUUAUCGCAGGAGGAUACAGAGGCACUAAAAAAUGAAGGGGUUGAAAUAUUUAGCCACUUAUCACCAGAAGUUUCAAAAAACCCACCAAUGUCCAAAAAACAGUUACUAGAAUGGUCAGUUAGUUGGCCACUGAAUUUCCAUAAACCUGCAUGGGAACCAAAAAAAUUUAGUAAGGCUGAGAAAUUAAAAGUUAUAGAUUUGCUAAAUAGAGCAAUGGAAGUGGGUCUAAAUAAUGGUGACAAGGCUGCGGGUUGUAUAAUAACAUAUAAUGGCACAAUUGUCGCAGAAGGAUGGGAUAGAAGAAAUAGCUGUGUAUUAGAUCACUCAGUAAUUGUAGCAAUUCGUAGUAUUUCUGAGCGAAUUGCUGACUUUGGGAAGAAUGGUGAAUUGCCAGAGUACCUAUGCGUCGGCUGUGAUGUAUAUUUGUCUAAUGAGCCAUGCGCUAUGUGCGCGAUGGCUCUAAUCCAUUCCAGAGUAUCAAAUGUAUAUUAUGCUAAAUCUGAUACAGCUAAUGGGGCACUGGGAUCCAAUCACAGUAUACACCACUUGAAAGCCUUAAACCAUUGUUAUAGGGCAUUUGAGGGUAGAUUUAGCUGA